AUGGCUUCAAAGUUUUUAUGCUUCACCCUACUCUUCAUCAAUAUCUGCACUGCAGAUGGAUAUGAGUCUUACACUUCAACUCGCUGCCUGUUUAACUCCAGUGAGCUAAGGGACAUCGAGUUCAUCACCUCGUACUAUUACAACAAGCUGGAGUUUGUCAGGUUCAGCAGUGAUGUGGGAAAGUAUGUUGGAUACACUGAGUUUGGUGUGAAGAAUGCAGAGAUGUGGAACAAUAAUCCUGCACAGCUCGCUGCAAUGAGAGCUCAGAAGGAGAAGUACUGCCAACCCAACAUUGGGAUCUGGUACCCAAAUGUUCUUUCUAAGUCAGUGAAACCAUCAAUCAAAGUGACCUGGUUGAGAAAUGGACAGGAAAUAACCUCUGACAUCACUUCCACUGAAGAGUUUGCAAAUGGUGAUUGGCUCUACCAGGUCCACUCCCACUUGGAGUACAUGCCCAGGUCUGGAGAGAAGAUCUCCUGUAUGGUGGAGCACGCCAGCCUGGAGAAACCACUGAUUAUUAACUGGGUGCCACCCAUGCCUGAAACAGAGAGACUGAUCAUCGUUGGAGCCGUAGGACUGAUCCUGGGUCUGAUCUUGUUCCUGGCUGGAGUCAUCUACAGGAGGAAGAGUGGAGAUACAUCUUUGGCUCACAGGUUCAGUGAGAAACAGGCAGAGGACUGGAGCAAAGAUGCUGCAGCUCUGAGCUUGUGGAGACCUCAGAAGGAGAUGUUCUUCAAACCCGACUCUGAGCUCUGCUUCACAAAUGUUCUGCCUAAGUCAGUGAUGCCAUUGGUCAGGCUUCACUCCAUGACGCCCCCUGGAGGUGGACAUCCUGCCAUGGCGCUCUGCAGAGUCUACAACUUCUUCCCCAAGCAGCUCAAAACCAGGACUGAUGCUGGUUCCCAGUAG